GAUGUAUCAUUGUUGAUCACGUGACAUAACAAGUCGGUAUAUUUAUCGAUAUUCGUUGUUUUGACUUGAUCAUGCUUUUAGAUAUUGUCAGAUAGUGUCAAGUAUUCUAAAACGUAAAGCAAUCUGACGUACGAAACAUGUCAAAAAUAACUGGAUACGAUACACACGAUGAUGGACCAGGCUUCGUUGGAAUAAGGUUUUGUCAAGAAUGCAAUAAUAUGCUCUAUCCCAAAGAAGACAAAGAAAACAAAGUAUUAAUGUAUGCUUGUAGAAAUUGUGAUUUCAAGCAGUUAGCAGACAGUAAUUGUAUUUAUGUCAACAAAAUUAUGCAUGAAAUUGAUGAACUGACACACAUUGUAGCAGAUGUAAUAUCGGAUCCCACUUUACCAAGAACUGAAGAACAUCCAUGUCCAAAGUGUAACCAUAGAGAGGCUGUAUUUUUUCAAGCACAGACCAGACGAGCAGAAGAAGAAAUGAGGUUAUAUUAUGUAUGUACAAAUCAACACUGUUCUCAUCGAUGGACCGAAUAA